GUGGUAUUCCAGUCGGAACGCUUGUUGUGUGAAGCCGACUUCCGGUGCGGGCUCAAUGGCGGCGGUGGGGAGAGAUUGUGAAGAGAUUUAAACCAGCCGAGAAUUUAAUCCCGGUUUUCAAUCAAAGAGCCGGAGGAACGGUGUUGGGCAGGUCGAAGGAUCGAACGGCUUCCAGUCACGUCGUCCCAAGCGCUCGGUGCCGGGGUUGCAGGCGCCAUGGCUGGGGACAGGCCCUCGCUCACUCUCGUCUACCAGGCCGUCAAGGCGCUUUACCAUGACCCGGACCCGGCCGGCAAGGAGCGCGCUUCCGUCUGGCUCGGCGAGUUCCAAAGAUCGAUGUAUGCCUGGGAGAUUGCAGAUCAGUUGCUGCAGCUGCAACAAGAGGUGGAGCUGUGCUAUUUUGCAGCACAGACAAUGAAGAUGAAAAUUCAGACAUCAUUUAAUGAACUUCCACCUGAAACACAUGCAUCUCUGCGAGACUCGCUGCUCACUCACAUUCAAAAUUUGAAGGAUGUGUCUCCUGUGAUUGUUACGCAGCUGGCACUGGCAAUUGCAGAUCUUGCCUUGCAAAUGGCCUCAUGGAAAGGAUGUGUGCAAAUGCUAACUGAAAAAUAUAGCAAUGACCCGUCAUCCCUUUCUUUCCUGUUGGAAAUCCUGACUGUGCUUCCAGAGGAGGUUCAUAGUCGCUCUCUUCGAAUAGGAGCCAACCGCCGCACUGAAAUAAUCGAAGAUUUGGCAUACUCCUCGAGCACAGUGGUAUCACUGCUGGCAGCCUGUACAGAACGUAGCGGCAAUGACGAGAAGACUCUAAUCAAGGUGUUUCGGUGCUUGGGGAGCUGGUUUAACUUGGGUGUGUUGGACAGCAACUUCAUGGCAAAUAACCAACUGCUACUAAUCCUUUUUCAGGUCUUGCAACGUGAUGAUACCUCAACAAACCUUCACGAGGCUGCAUCUGACUGUAUCUGUUCAGCGCUGUAUGCCAUUGAGAAUGUAGAGACAACCCUACCUCUUGCUCUGCACUUAUUCCAGGGUGUGCUAACUUUAGAAUCUGCAUAUCACAUGGCUGUAGCACGUGAGGAUCUUGACAAGGUUCUGAAUUACUGUCGGAUUUUUACUGAGUUGUGUGAGACAUUUCUGGAGACUAUUGUCCAGACCCCAGGGCAGGGACUUGGAGAUCUGCGGACGCUGGAGCUGCUACUGAUUUGUGCAGGACAUGCGCAAUAUGAGGUGGCGGAGAUCAGCUUUAACUUCUGGUACAGAUUGGGAGAACAUCUCUACAAAAUGAAUGACCCAUCACGUCAUGCUGUCUUUCGUCCGUAUAUUCAGCGACUGCUUCAUGCCCUGGCUCGACACUGCCAGCUGGAAUCAGAUCACGAAGGAAUUCCAGAAGACUCGGAUGAUUUUGGGGAAUUCCGGAUGAGGGUGUCUGAUCUUGUGAAGGAUGUGAUAUUCCUGGUUGGUUCGAUGGAGUGUUUCACACAGCUCUAUUCCACAUUGAAAGACAGUGGGCCAUCCUGGGAGAUCACUGAAGCUGUCCUCUUCAUCAUGGCUUCCAUAGCAAAGAGUGUAGAUCCUGAUAAUAACCCCACCUUGGCUGAAGUGCUCGAAGCUGUAGUUCAACUCCCAGAUACUGUGCACAUGGCAGUCCGAUUCACUAGCAUCGAACUGGUUGGAGAACUGAAUGAAGUCGUUGAUCGAAAUCCCAGAUUUUUAGAUCCAGUGUUAAAUUAUUUAAUGAAAGGACUACGGGAGAAAGCACUUGCCUCGGCAUCAGCCAAAGCCAUUCAAAAUAUCUGUUCCUCCUGCCGUGAUCACAUGACUCAGCACUUUGAGGGCCUCCUGGAAAUCGUUCGUUCCCUCGAUACAUUCAGCCUCUCUCAUGAAGCUGCCAUUGGCCUCCUGAAAGGCACAGCACUUGUUCUUUGUCGGCUGCCUUUGGAGAAGAUCACCGAAUGUCUCAGUGAGUUGUGUGCUGUACAAGUGAUGGCACUGAAAAAGCUCCUGGCACAAGAGCCUGCCAAUGGCCUUGCUACAGACCCCACCAUAUGGCUGGAUCGAUUGGCUGUUAUUUUCAGACACACAAACCCUAUUGUUGAAAAUGGUCAGACGCAUCCAUGUCAGAAGGUGAUACAUGAAAUCUGGCCCGUCUUAUCUGAAACCUUGAACAAGCACCAAGCUGACAAUCGAAUUGUGGAGCGCUGUUGUCGGUGUUUGCGUUUUGCUGUCCGAUGUGUAGGGAAAGGGUCAGCUGCAUUACUUCAGCCCUUGGUCACCCAGGGCCUGGGCCAUGGUCAAUACCUGCCUGUAUCAAUUGAGUAUAGGUUGUCAGCACAUAAAUCUGGUGUGGCCAAAGUUGAGCUGAAUGGAUUCUGUAUCACUGGCUGCCUCUGCAUACUGCCAUAUCCCUUGCAGUCAGUAGAAGGCUGA